CAGAGCCAUAUAGAACCAAAGAGAGAGGAGAGUUCUGGGAUGUGGACUGGAUUUUUGGAUGGGCACAAAAAGACCUCUAGAUAGCUCAAUGGGGUAGCCGUACAGACCCAUUUGGUUCCCAGGAUAAAAAUAAACACAAUGAAGUGCAUCAAGAGGCCAAGAGGGAAGCCAUACCAGUGACAUUUUGAGUAUGUGACAGUGACAUGGUGAGAAGCUGACCAUGGGUGACUGGAACCUGCUGGGCAGCAUCCUAGAAGAGGUCCAUAUACAUUCCACCAUUGUGGGAAAGAUCUGGCUUACUAUACUCUUCAUCUUUCGCAUGCUUAUUCUGGGAGCAGCUGCUGAGGAUGUAUGGGAUGAUGAGCAAUCAGAGUUCGUCUGCAAUACUGACCAACCAGGCUGUAAGGCAGUCUGCUACGAUCGUGCUUUCCCCAUUUCACUAAUUCGCUUCUGGGUCUUACAAGUGAUUUUUGUGUCUGCACCUUCACUUGUCUACAUGGGCCAUGCUCUUUACUGCAUUCGUUCAUUGGAGAAGGAACGUCACCGGCGACGGGCCCAGCUAAAGGAGGAGCUUGAUGAGGCUGAGUUGGCGUUGGAUGAACAAAAGCGGGUGGAAAGAGAGCUGAGGAGAUUGGAAGAGCAGAAGAAGGUGAAGAAGGCACCUCUGAGAGGCUCUCUAUUGAGAACAUACAUCAUCCAUAUCCUUACACGCUCCGUGGUGGAGAUCUGCUUCAUCCUGGGCCAGUAUAUACUAUAUGGUGUCCAGCUGGAGCCUCUCUAUAAGUGUAAGAGACUGCCUUGCCCCAACAGCGUAGACUGUUACAUCUCUAGGCCCACAGAGAAGACGAUAUUUAUGGUCUUCAUGAUUGCUAUCGCUGGUGUCUCACUUUUCCUAAACAUUCUAGAAAUAUCCCACUUAGGUAUCAGGAAAAUCAAACAGGUGUUGUAUGCAGAGAGGUACACAGAAGAUGACAGUUUGAUUUACAGGUCCAAGAGGAAGUCAUCCUUACCACAUCUCUGUGUAACAAGCAAUGUAUCACCUCACGAUGGGCCUUUGACUCAAACCUUCAAAGUGAUUCCAGGGGCGGACCUGAAACCGAGUCAUUACAACAGUGGGCUCAAAGCCAACCAGGACACACCAAGACACAACAGCUUGGCUCAUGUGGGGCACAGUCAAACCAUCUAUAUCUAUCCCCAAGCAAGGAAUCCACCCACAUCUGCCCUGAGCUGUGCAAUCCAAGCUCCCCAAACCAGUGAGGGAUCUGCAGUCCCCACAAACCUGGACCUCAAUCAAGCCUGGAUCCCUGUCAUGUCCACUGCAGAUGCUAAUGAAACAAGCCACAAGGACACUCAUGAGGAAGACCAUCCUCACCCCAGCCAUUUGGAAGCUCUGCUGGCCAGUAGCAACGUCAGGCCCAGAGCUAUCACAAAUCUUAAUGAAAAUGAAAGAAGGGAGUCAGUGGGGAGCGAGUUCCUGAUCCCCAACACUAGGAAGACUAGCUUUAUGAUCAGGCCACCAUCUGAGAGCUUGUCAUCCAUGACUGGCUCCACAAGUCCCUCCUUACAUACAUCAGAAGAGUCAGAUGAACUGGGGUCCUUGCAGGGAGACAUGCCGAUGAUGCCACCAGCCGGAGGCCGAAGAAUGUCAAUGAGUAUGUUUCUGGAUAUCUCCUCAAUCAUGAAGAAGUGAAGAGACAAGGCUAAUGCCAUGGCUGUAAGAGCUGUUGUCCACAACCCAGCUAGGUCACAAACAAGGGAGAAACUGUAUCAAUGAUCCAGCCAUCAACAUUGAUCCACUCAAGUCACAUGUGGCCCAAACCACUCAGCCAUGAUGAGGCAGCAGACUCAGUGCCAAAGCACCUUACAAUGUCUACAUGUUCACAUUAAUAGAAAAGGAUUUUUUUUUUUUUUAACAUGGACAUCUUUCAGUGUGUUGGCCAAAUUUUUUUAUAAUUUUUCAGGAAAAAACAAAAAAGCCCCACCCCAUUAUUAAUCAUGGAGCAUUGUGCUUAAGAGGAUCUGUUUGUUUCUGUAACAUGUACUUUAUAAGCUUAAGUACCUUUUCUAAGUCAAAGAAUUAAUUAGAAUCUGUGUGUGUGUUCUGGUUCUUCCUACCUUGGUGGGGACCAAAAUCUGAAAUUUACUAUACUGGUGGGGACCAACAGCCCUCGUGGAGACCAAAAUCCAGGUCCCCACUGGGUUGAAGGCAUUUUUUAUACUCGAUAUGUGGUCAGGGUUACAAUUGGGUUAUGGUUAGGUUUAGGGUAAGAGUUAGGGUUAGGCAUUCAUCUUUGGUGGUUUGGGUAAAGGUAAGUGGCUAAUGAAAGCAUUAUGUCAAUGGGAUGUCCCCACGAGGAUAGCAACAGCAGACGUAUGUGUGUGUGUGUGUGUGUAGUGCAGUGCAGUGAUUUCAUGUGGAAUUAUACUUUAUAUUGUAUUAAAAUGAAAUAUUUAUUAGCAAAACAAAACAAACA